CAAGCAGAGCCCAUAAAGUCCCGAUCUCCGUCUCCAACCCGAACGAGAAGCCGUAGCAGGGUUCCUGGCGGUCUUGCGCUUUGCUUCGCGGUGGGCAGGGGCAUGGCUUCGGGGAAAGGGCGUCCUGGUGCGGCGGGGUUUAUUUCAACGUAACCAGAGAGCUUUGGGGUCCAGCUCAGUUUUGGUUACGAAAGGUUGCAAAAGACAUAAGGGCUUUCGGUGCGUUUCUGGGCGGGGCUUUGGGAAGGCCCACCCCUGGUUGGCCUCGGUAGGCUGCGGUGGGCGGGGCUUGGUGUGAAGAGCGCUUCCGGGCGGUGACUGGGCGGGCCUUCAGGCAGACUCGCCUUCUGGUUGGCUGCGGCGGGAAGUGGGCGGACCUCUGGAGAGACCUCGGCGUCAGCCCCGCAGGGCUGUAGGGUGUUGCGGCCUCCGGGAUUGAGGUGUGGUUCUGCGCCUGCGCGGGUGACGGUCUGUUAGCGCCCACAGUCUGCUCCCCGACGGGUGGCAGGUCCGCGAUGCCGAACUGCACAGUGAGGAGGCUGCAGGUGGUGCUGGGCCAUCUGAAGGGCCGGCCCGGUUCGGGCCCUGCGCCACAGGCCGAAAUGUGCUGCAGCCUGGGGCCGGGGCCAUCAUGGCUCGAAUCGCCCAGUUUCUAAGCGACAUCCCAGAGACCGUGCCUCUGUCCACUGUCAAUAGACAGUGCUCAUCUGGGCUGCAGGCGGUGGCCAACAUAGCUGGUGGCAUCAGAAAUGGGUCUUAUGACAUUGGCAUGGCCUGUGGGGUGGAGUCCAUGUCCCUGGCCGACAGAGGGAAUCCCGGAAACAUUACUUCACGCCUGAUGGAGAAAGAGAAGGCCAGAGACUGCCUGAUUCCGAUGGGGAUAACCUCGGAGAAUGUGGCCAAGCGGUUCGGCAUCUCCCGGGAGAAGCAGGACGCCUUUGCACUGGCUUCCCAGCAGAAGGCAGCAAGGGCCCAGAGCAAGGGCUGCUCCCAAGCCGAGAUUGUACCUGUGACCACCACGGUGCACGACGACAAGGGCACCCAGAGGAGCGUCACUGUGACCCAAGACGAGGGCAUCCGCCCCAACACCACCAUGGAGGGCCUGGCCAAGCUGAAGCCUGCCUUCAAGGAUGGUGGCUCCACCACGGCUGGAAACUCCAGCCAGGUGAGUGACGGGGCGGCUGCCAUCCUGCUGGCCCGGAGGUCCAAGGCGGAGGAGCUGGGUCUGCCUGUCCUCGGGGUCCUGAGGUCCUAUGCAGUGGUGGGAGUCCCGCCUGACGUCAUGGGCAUCGGACCUGCCUAUGCCAUCCCUGUUGCUUUGCAAAAAGCAGGCCUGACUGUGGACGACGUGGACAUCUUUGAGAUCAAUGAGGCCUUUGCGAGCCAGGCUGUGUACUGCGUGGAGAAGCUCGGACUCCCCGCUGAGAAGGUGAACCCUCUGGGGGGUGCAGUGGCUCUGGGCCACCCACUGGGCUGCACCGGGGCACGACAGGUCGUCACGCUGCUCAACGAGCUGAAGCGCCGUGGGAGAAGGGCGUAUGGUGUGGUGUCCAUGUGCAUCGGGACCGGGAUGGGGGCCGCUGCUGUCUUCGAAUACCCUGGGAACUGAGCGAGGCCCCAGGCUGGGGAGCCACCAGCAAGCGCGACACUACGGAGCCAGACCACAGGACAGUUCCACACCGGCGCAGCAGCAGGGACAAAUCACGGCUCUUCAGCAUGUUUGGACAACGUGAACACUGAUGACACACAGGAGUACGGGGUGGGGGUCAGGCCGCCCCGUCAGUCCCUCCCUGGCUGGCCUGCCGUCAGCCUGCGUCACCCGUGCCACAGGGCCGUCACGGGGCUCCUGGGGCGGCGAGUGUCCCGGAUGAGGACCGCGAUGCCGUAUUAAACGUGUUACUAAGGA